CAAUCCCACUCCCCUAUGCCGGCGUCCGGGACGCGCUCCCGGGGCCGGCCGCCGCAGCCGGUGGAGGAGGGGGCGCGCGACGAAGAAGCGCCGGUGGAGGAGGCGGGCGAGCUCGGCGCCGACGGCGAUGCGGCGGUUCGUGCGUUACCGGCUCACCCGGUGAGCUCUACCAGCUCGGGUGAUGAGGAUGGGGAGGAGGCGGGGGAUGGGGAUGAUGAGGACGCGGAGGGGCCGCUCCUCCCCAGCUGCCCCGUGUGUAUGAAUCCGUGGACCGCCGAUGGCGAGCAUCGCGUAAGUUGCAUUCCUUGUGGGCAUGUCUAUGGCAGAUCUUGCUUAGAAAAAUGGUUAGCACAGUGUGGGAAGAAAAGUGCCACGUGUCCUCAGUGCGGCAAGAUGUUUAGACAAAAGAACAUUAUCAACCUCUAUGCACCAGAGAUUGUUGUUCCAAAUAAUGAUCUUGAAAAGCAAGUAUUGUCACUGAGAGAUAAAAAUGAAUUUCUUGAGAAUCAACAACAAAAAUUAAUUGAGGAGAUAAAAGAAUAUAAGAGGCAGAUUUUGCAUCAGCAACGUCUAAUAAAUGAAUCAAGCUCAAAGCGACAGAAAAUGGCUGAACAAUCAUCAGAUGGAGCAAUGAUUGCAGAGUCACUUCCCUUACAUAGAGCACAUGGUGGCAGUAGCGAUCUUUGCAAGUUUGUUCUCCAGAAUGAGUUUGUCCUGGAUGGAGCUCGAGUCAUGGGCAUAGAUGCAUCCAGCCAGAUUAUAGUAGCUUCUGGAAGGGCUCCUGGAGUUAGUGCUGAACAUGUCCUUACCAAGAUCUGCAUGUUCUCUAGACAGGAAACGAAAGUACGCCUUCCGCCUAACACUAAAGCUGUCAGGGAUAUUUGUAUAACUCCUGGGGGCCUUGCUAUUUUUGCAUCUCUUGGCAGGAAAUUGUCACUUCUCAGCAUGACAACCAACAAUGUUGUCCUUCAUUAUGAUCUACCGGCUCCAGGCUGGUCCUGUUCAGGGGAUCAAACUGGCCCCAACCGCGUAUAUGCUGGAUUACAGAAUGGCAUGCUUUUGGUCUUUGAUACCCGCCAAACUAAAGGACCACUGCACUCCUUGAGUGGUCUAUCUACAAACCCAGUUCAUACAAUCCACUCUGUCGUAGAUGAUAACGGUUCCACGAAUAUCAUCUCUGCUUCUUCCAUAGGACCCUGCAUUUGGGAUGUAGAUGGCAAUGAAAACAGGCCAAAUUUGCUUACCGGGAUGGAAAACCAAGGGGUCUGCAUAUCCCUUGCAUGUGCCGCUCCAUCAAGUGAUCUGAUUGUGGCUUCCUUCCGUCCAAGGGUCGAGUUUUCGGGCGACGGCAGUGCAUCUCAAAUGGGUAUAUCACAAUCACCAACGCUCUCCGGUUCUGGAAAGCUCGGGUGCCACGCUCUCCUGAGGAGGACGAGCAGCACAUCCUUCGUGAAAGAGCAGAUCUGCAAUGGCAACGUGAGUGAGCUGCGGAUGUCGAAGUCUGCAAUCAUACCCUGCAGCGGAACCGGCCAACACCUCUUUGCCUAUGGCGAUGAGUCACUGCGCGGAGUCCGCACAUGGCGGCUGCCUUCGUUUCAGCUGUUCGCUGAUCUCAGGCCGCACCACCAACCGAUCCUCGACCUGAGCAGAACCACCGGAAGACCCGCCGAGGAAAGGGCACACAGGGAGAAGGCCUUUCAACAAUCCGAAGCUGGACACACCAACACCACCGACCGCCAUCACAAAUCUCAUCAGCACAACCCGCCAGGAGGAGGACCUCAACUUACAUCUUCAUCUGACCAAGCAAGGAGAGCCUUGAACGUUGGCCGUCUGGUCGCCACCCAACAACACCCAGCAGAGGUAGAGGUGUCAUAUGGGAACGAGCCUGUGGUUUUGUUGUCGACAGGAAGGAAGGAAGGGAGGAAGGAAGCAGGGUCUGCUAGUGAUUUGUGCAACAACUGUAAGCGUCCAGGGCAUUUUGCUAGAGAUUGUCCAAAUGUGUCUGUCUGCCAUGCCUGUGGCCUUCCAGGGCACAUUGCAGCUGAGUGUUCUUCCAAAGAUCUCUGCUGGAACUGCAAAGAGCCUGGGCACAUGGCUAAUGCCUGCCCGAAUGAAGGGAUAUGCCGCAACUGUGGCAAAUCAGGUCACAUUGCAAAAGACUGCACUGCUCCGCCAAUGCUGCCUGGAGAAGUGAAGCUCUGCAACAACUGCUACAAACCAGGGCACAUUGCCGUGGAGUGCACCAAUGAGAAGGCCUGCAACAACUGUAGGAAGAGUGGCCAUCUUGCCCGUAACUGCACCAAUGAGCCUGUUUGCAAUCUCUGCCAUGUUGCAGGGCAUUUGGCCCGUCAAUGCCCCAAAUCCGACGAGAUCAACGAGAGGGGUGGGCCUCCUCCCUUCCGUGGCAGCGAUGCUCUGUUCCGUGGCGGCGAUGCUCUGUUCCGUGGUGGCGAUGCUCCCUUCCGUGGUGAUGCUCCCUUCCGUGGUGGCGGUGGUGCUCUCUUCCAUGGUGGCUACAGCGACGUGGUCUGCCGGGCCUGCAACCAGGUUGGCCAUAUGAGCCGUGACUGCAUGGGUGGUGCUUUCAUGAUCUGCAACAACUGCGGUGGCCGUGGUCAUAUGGCUUACGAGUGUCCAUCUGGGAGGCUCCUGGACCGGUUCCCUCCACGCCGAUACUGAACGACUACCAUGAGCUCUUUCAGUCCUUUUGAUCGAUCGUGUUGUGAAUCAUCAUUUUGACGUGCGUCGUGUUUUUGAAUGUCUAAGGGAUUAAGUAUUCCAGUUGUUUCUGCAACUUGUUAGUCUUGUGGUUAUUGAAUGGCUUCUAGGGUAUUUUCAGAUCAGACUCCCUUGCUCCCUGUGUUUUGAAUAAUAAUUAUUUUCAUGGAUUAGUGAAUACCAAGUGUUUAUCUGUAAAUUGUGAUUUCAGCUAUUUUAACUGGAUCAUUCUGUUGAGAGUGGAUCUAUAUGAAUGGAGCGCCUUAUAUUAAUGCUUA